GCUUCUUGCUUUUGAUAUUGUGUUAAAGAGUAAUAAGAGAGCCCUUAACCAACUGUAUGUUUAAUAACUCUACAAGGUACUGAAUUGCAUGUGGUGAAGUCGUCAAGUAAUUACUGACAUUCGUUAUGAAACCCAGAUGUAGCUGUUGUUGAUGUUAAAUGCUGGAUUGUAUCAACCUCUAAAGACAAAAUGCUGUUGCACCCAGUCAUAUCCAAGCUACGUGGCAAACUUGUUGUUCUGGCCAGUGCAUCUCCGAGGCGACAAGAGAUUUUGACCAAUGCGGGUUUGCAGUUUGAAGUGGUGCCCUCUUGGUUUAAAGAGACUUUGGACAAGGCCUUGUUUAAAACGCCCUAUGAAUACGCAGUGGAAACGGCAAAGCAUAAGGCCCUGGAAGUGGCUCAGAGAAUGCCAAUUAAACACCUGAAAAAACCAGAUAUAGUGAUUGGGGCAGACACUGUAGUGACAGUGGAUGGUUUAAUUCUGGAGAAGCCUGUGGAUAAGCAAGAUGCCUACUGCAUGCUGUCUAGAUUGAGUGGAAAAGAGCACAGCGUAUUUACAGGAGUGGUCAUAGUCCUCUGUCGUGAAAGAGAGGGUGGGGAAACCGAGCAUAAAGUGGUGGACUUCUAUGAGGAGACGAAGGUGAAGUUUGCAGAGCUGUCCCAGGAGAUGCUCUGGGAAUAUAUUAACAGUGGAGAGCCCAUGGACAAGGCUGGUGGUUAUGGAAUCCAGGCUUUGGGUGGCAUGCUGGUGGAAUACGUGCAAGGAGAUUUUCUAAACGUGGUGGGCUUCCCACUAAAUCACUUCUGUAAACAGCUGGGAAAGAUUUACCACAGCUCACCCGAGAGCCCUGCUUAUAACAUAAAGAAAACAGCAGUGUGUGAUGGGCCAUGUACUGCUGUCAGCUGCCUGUCUGAAAAAACUGUACGACCCGAUAACAGCAACUUCAACAACUCUGACUCCGUGCACGAUGUGGUGGGACCUGAGGGUACCAAGAGCAACACUGAGGGAUUCCCCCACAGCAUAGUGGAACUACUUGAUGGAUUUAAAGCGUCAAAGACUUUGUUCACAGCAUCCAAGUUGGGUGUGUUUGAUGUUCUGAGUGAUUCUGGCCUUACAGUGGAGGAAGUAGCCAAUCGAAUUGAUGCCUCAUUGCUGGGCACUGAAAGAUUACUGGAUGCUGCUGUAUCCUUAGGGCUACUACAUAAGCUCAAAUGUGAAAUCGAGCCUGUGUAUAGGAACACAGAGCAGGCCAGACAGUUCCUGGUAUCAGACAGCCCCCUGUCUCUGCAUGCGUACAUCCUACACUGCAACGACAUGAUCUGGCCACUCUUCACCCACCUAGAGAGUGCUGUGAGGGAGGGAACAAAUCAGCAUGAGAGGACUCUUGGGAAGAAGUCUGAAAAUGUGAUUCAGGAUGUGAAUUCAAAAAAAGAUGACGUGAUGAGGCACUUUAUGAAUGCCAUGCACAGCAUUGCUAAUGUGACUGGAAAAGAUGUGGCCACAGCAUUCAAUCUAUCUCGUUUCAGAACAGCCUGUGAUGUUGGAGGCUGUACUGGUGCCAUGGCCUAUGAGUUCACCAAAGCCCAUCCAGAACUGUCUGUAAUUGUUUUUGACUUGCCAGCAGUUAUUGAAAUGAGAAGGCACUUCCAAUCUAAAGACCAGGAUAGCAGAGUGUCAUUUGUUGCAGGAGAUUUCUUCAAAGAUGACCUACCCAAAGCAGACCUCUAUAUUCUCGCACGAAUUCUCCAUGAUUGGUCUGAUGAGAAAGUACAUGAGCUGUUGAGUAAAUUGUCCGAGACAUGCACUCCAGGCUGUGGUUUGCUGCUCUCAGAGAUUCUGCUGGAUGAGGAGAGGACCAGGCCAAGUCGAGCCCUGCUGCAGGCACUCAGCAUGACUGAAGGGAGGCAGAGGAGUGCCACUGAGUACAGUAACUUAAUGAAGAAGCAUGGCUUCAGUCCUGUACAUACCCGAUACACAGACAAUCUACUAGAUGCCAUGCUGUUUGUGAAAGAUGAUCAAACUUAACCAGUUUGUUCUUCUGUGGUUGCCUGAAAAGCUUAAAAUGUACAAAACGCUGACUACGUUUACAUGGACAGCAGUAAUUAUUGACCUUAUUCUGAAUAAGACAAUAUUGUGAUUAAGGUGUUUACAUGAGUAGCUUUUAGAAUAUUCAUUUCAUGUUCCCAUUUUACAUGUUAUAGAACAUAGAUCCAUUAAUGGCACAUGCCAUUACGUCCCCACGCCCUGCCAUCCGACAUUCCCUCCAGAAUUUCACGUAUUAACAUACAGUUCAUCUUCGUUAUGGUACCAUAUACAGUUUUGGGUGUUUCAAUUUUAAUUUCAUGAAAGCUUCAAGUGCAGUUAAUUAUUUGUCAUGCUAUACGUGCAAAUAGUCGACUGCUUGAAGCCAUGGCAAACGAGAGCACGGCUGCGUCCGAAACUGCAUACUUACCUACUAUAUAGUAACUGAAAAACAUGUAUUUUGCCUACUAUAUAGUAAGUGAAAUACAUGUAUCUCGGCUACUAUACAGUAGGUAAGUACGUGGUUUCGGACGCAGCCGUGCUCUCUUGUUUGCUGUAAAACGGUUGAGCACUGCCGUGUGUGUACGUGUGCUGUCGCAAAAUGCAUUGAAAACUCCCACACAACAUUAAUAGUGUGAUUAAGGUGUUUACAUGCCUGUAACGCACUUCGAUAAUACGACUAAAAUAGGAAUACCUCACGUGUCUUAAUUUUAUUUGUGUUUACUUCGAGUAUGACUUUAGUCGGAUUAAGGUAAUCAAUAAUUGCUGUUUACAUGGUAGUUUCUUAGAGUAUUGUCUUAAUCGGGUUAAUAUUGGAUUAUUGUUGUCCAUGUAAACGUACUGACUAGGAAUUUUUAUACUAUAUGGCAACUUUUAACUGUCCAGGAAUUUAUUAAUUGUCAAUUAAAUGUUUCAGGCUGUCUCCUGUACAUCUGUAAAUAAUUAUUAAUUUCUUAAAGAUAUAAGAUGUAUCUCAUCUUAUCCAAUAAUUAAAUAAAAGUGACUUGUACAAA